UUACUGAUAUUAUUUCAGCAGGUCGUCUGCUGAUUAGUAUUAACUUUUUCCAAAUCCAAACAUGUCACUGCGUUUGGUAAAUUGUUUGGCUGGUGCCGUUAAGCGCAUUCCCUCAGUCGUAAUGUCUCGUGCCAGCAAUCCAAAGAAUAUCAUUCAAUGUCGCGGAAUGAGCAAGAAGAAGACUGAUGGCACUUGCAAGAAAGACAAGUGUGCUGGAGAUAGCCAGUUCUUUGCUGGCUGCUUUAAGAAAACAGAACGGGCUCCAUGUCCCGAAGUGAAGCAGAAAGCCAGUACUUGCAAGAAUCCGUGCAAAAGUGGGCCAUGCAAGCCUGGAAAAUAGACUCAGGAUACUAAGGAUCAAACGACCUGCUGAUAUACGAUCCAAAUUAAGUAUCUAUUUUAAUUUCAUGAAAGAAUGAUACAAGUCUAAAUAACAGAAUAUACAAUUAAACUUCCAUA